AUGUGGUCUGAGGCUUUACUUUUUACUGGCCAAGCAUGGAAUGUACCACCAUUUGGAGAACCUGAUAAUUUAAAUCCCGCGGUGCAUUUCAAGGAUUAUAAUGAAAUUGCCAAGCGUAUCAAUAUUGAUCUAGAUGAAGAAGUUUCCAAUGUUAGUAUUGUGAAACUUAUUAAUUAUGACGGAGCUAUUACCAUCAAAAUCUAG